AUGAAUCCCGCCAUGGCUACAGAGUCUGACCAGCCUCACAGCGAAUCUCGCGACCCGACCACGGUCCCCCUCCCCUUCACCAUGUUCGGCAUGAGCUUCGGUUCGCUCCGAGGCAUCGGCAUGGUCGUCCUCCAGGCCCUGCGCGUCCUCACCAUCGUCACGCUGGCCGCCGUCGGCGCCUCGUGCUGGGUCCUCAUCAUCAAGGUCGACAAGGCCCGCGACACCUUUGUCUUCGAGUGCGCCUCCCACUUCUUCACGUCGGUGCUUUGCAUCGUCCUCAUUGUCGCCGAGGCCCCUUUCCUCGGCAUCAUAAAAGACUAUUUCAGCAGCACCUGGCCGGUGCUGUCCAGGGAACACGGUCUUGGCUGGCUGGGUUUCGGCAUGGUCGCCAUCGGCUGCGACAUGCUCGGCAACCUCAACCGGCCCGCCUACGACCCCGACAACAUGGGCUCCGAAUUUGCCAAGCUCGUCCUGGCGUCGUCGAUCCUCGCCAUCACGUUUGGGUUCAUCAACAUCCUCUCCGCGCUGGUGUGGCGGGACGGCAAGGAGGGCAUCACCUCGCGGGACAUCCGGUCCGACGGCUCGCUCGCCAACCCGCGCCGCCAGUCGCUGCCCGACUAUGCCACCAGCGCGCGGACCAACUCGUCCGUGCGCAACGAGAAAACGCGAAGCAAGUUCGUGUCCAUGUUUUGGAAAAAGGGCGACGAUGGUGAGAAGCCCAGACCCCAUAUCAGUGGCCCUUUCCAGGCUCACCACGAUGUCGAGCGUGACGCCGACGUGGAUGAGGACCGGAGGAGCCCCAUCGUGCCGGGGCUCAAGCGUCCUGCCACGGCGCUGCACCCCAUGCACACUGGGCGCAGCAGUCACUACUCCACGGCGCACAUAUCGCGCUUCUAG